AAUAGCUUGUUUAGGCAAAAUAUUGGCCGGGUCUUUGAUCAAUUAAUUAAAUAGCGUGUUUCACAAUUUUCCUGAAAUUUAAAUGUGAAUAAACUACAAGACAAAGAAAACUAACGAAGAAUGGACUACUGGUCAAUUUGCUUACUGUUUGUCUCGCUAUUUAGUACAAUAUUACGUACUGGUGGUGUCGAGCUAACCUUUGAACUACCUGAGAAUGCGAAACAAUGUUUCUUUCAAGAAAUCACCCAAAACGUGACAGCAAUUCUUGAAUUUCAGGUUGUGACAGGUGGACAAUAUGAUGUAGAUGUAAUUUUGAAAGCACCAAAUAAAGAAAUCAUUUAUAAACAAAUAAAAACCCAGUUUGAUUCACAUCAAUUUGUAGCAUCAAGUACAGGAGCAUAUCAAGCCUGUUUUAGCAAUGAAUUUUCCACAUUUUCACAUAAACUUGUUUAUAUGGAUUUCAGAGUAAAUGAUGAAUUACCACAUGUGACUGUCAUGACUCAGAUGGAGACUUAUGCUCUUGAGGUACAUAAAAACCUGAAUAGCAUUUUAGACUACCAAACACAUCAUCGAUUAAGAGAAGCACAAGGACGUAAACGUGCAGAAGAUUUAAAUACUCGUGUACUUUUAUGGUCUAUUGUAGAGACAAUUACGAUCUUAACCAUAUCUGUGGGACAGGUGUGUGUCUUGAGGACCUUCUUCACAGAAAGAAAACGUUAAUACAUUUGUUAGUGCAUCUGUGAAUAAUAUUUUUUUUGUUCGCAAUAAAAUAACGGCUCCGUCAAAUCAAUGUGAAACAACAUCAUAUUUAACAUUUCACAAGUUCUACUAAUCACAGUGCCAUGUUAUCUUGGCCAGUUGUUUGUUAUUUCUAUAUUUAUUUUAAAUAUGGAAGCACAACUUAAAAUAGACGGAAUAAUUUAGCAGCAAAAAUUUGCAGUUUCCUCAAGUAUGAGAAUGUUGUGUAUGCGCAUUCAUGUGUGUAUAAUUUGAAUAUUAAGUUAUGCAAAAUCUAAGACAUUUAAUAACUACCUGCUCUAUUGAGCAUAAAAGAGAAUGUGGAAUCAAUCGGACUGUCUUUUCUAAUAAUGAACUCUAAACUUAUUACUACUUUGGCACCGACAGUGCAGCAUUGUCAUAAAAAAUACAUUUUUCUUACUGUGAAUGCAUAAU